AUGAAAGGGCCAAACCAGUCGAGCGUCUCCGAGUUCCUCCUCCUGGGACUGUCCAGGCAGCCCCAGCAGCAGCAGCUCCUCUUCGUGCUCUUCCUGAGCAUGUACCUGGUCACGGUCCUGGGAAACCUGCUCAGCGUCCUGGCCAUCAGCACUGACUCCCGCCUGCACACCCCCAUGUACUUCUUCCUCAGCAACCUGUCCUUUGUGGACAUCUGCUUCGCCUCCACCGCCGUCCCCAAGAUGCUGGCCAAUCACAUACUUGGCAAUCACAGCAUCUCCUUCUCUGGGUGUCUCACACGGAUGUAUUUCGUGUUUGUCUUUGUGGGCAUGGACAGUUUCCUCCUGGCUAUGAUGGCCUAUGACCACUUUGUCACCAUAUGCCACCCCUUACAUUACAGAACAAAGAUGACCGAUCAGCUCUGUGCUACUGUUCGCUGGAUUGUGAGUCAUUGCCAAUCUGGUUGCCCUUCACACACCCUGCUGAUGACUCAACUCUCCUUCUGGACAAACCAGUCGAGCGUCUCCGAGUUCCUCCUCCUGGGACUCUCCAGGCAGCCCCAGCAGCAGCAGCUCCUCUUCGUGCUCUUCCUGAGCAUGUACCUGGUCACAGUCCUGGGAAACCUGCUCAUCGUCCUGGCCAUCAGCACUGACUCCCGCCUGCACACCCCCAUGUACUUCUUUCUCAGCAACCUGUCCUUUGUGGACGUCUGCUUCUCCUCCAUCACCGUCCCCAAGAUGCUGACCAAUCACAUACAUGGGAGUCAGAGCAUCUCCUUCUCUGGGUGUCUCACACAGAUGUAUUUUGUAUUUGUCUUUGUGGACAUGGACAAUUUCCUCCUGGCUGUGAUGUCCUAUGACCGCUUUGUUGCUGUAUGCCACCCCUUACAUUACACAACAAAGAUGACCCGUUAG